UUUCGUUCCGUGUGAUCACUUCGCAGGCAGUGAGUUGAGACAGUUGACAAACAGCGAGCGAUGGCGUUCAAGUACGUAGUGUUGGCCGUGGCCAUCGUUGGUCUGGCCGGGGCCAAUCCGGCGAGCAAACCCGCCUUCUGGAAGGGCACCCCGAUGGACGGGAUGGUCGAGGAGAUGCGCUCGAUGUGCAGCUCGGACGACGACUCGGGUGCUUGUCUCAAGUACAAGAUCAUGAACUUCCUGGAUACCGUGUUCAAGAAGGAUAACUUCCAGCUCACUGAUGACAUCGAGGUGCACGGCAACGGAUUCAGCGGAAAUGGAGCGCGCAGCAUCGGCGGUGGAGCCCUGGACACCGUCGAGCAGUACCUGAAGAGUCACGAUGUCACCUUCAAGCUUCCGGUAGCGGACGCCAAGGUUACCGUUUCGCCCCGCAACAUCGACGACGAGGAGCUCACCCUGACCGUCCGAUUCCCGAAGGCCGCCAACGGAGCUCGCAGCGCCGUCGAAGCCCGCAAGUCCAAGCUGAAGAAGAUCGUCAUCCCGAUCAUGGUGUUCAUCCUGCUGAAGGCCAUGACCCUGAUCCCGAUGGCGCUCGGAAUUCUCGGACUGAAGGCCUGGAACUCGCUGCAGCUGUCGUUCUUCUCGUUCAUCGUGUCUGUCGGUCUGGCCAUCUUCCAGCUGUGCAAGAAGAUCGCCGCCGAUAACCACCACCCACACAUUGCCGCCCACGGACCGUGGGACACCCGUCGGUCGCUCGGAGAGGAGCAGACCCCGGAGUACGUCGGACAGGAUCUGGCUUACAAUGCGUACGCCUAAGAGAAAGACCUAAGGCCGGGUGCAGCGGUAAACCAAAAAGACACUAGAAAGCGCGCGCGGACCGUUGAAUCUGUGCGUGCGUGCGUGCGUGCGUGCGUGAUUGAGAAACUAAUUUAUUUAUUUAUUUUGUCAAAUGUUUCUGCUUUUGUCGCGCAAAUGAAAUCAAAUGCUGAUCAAAUGUCGAAUGCGAAACACAUAAUGUGCAAUAAAAUCGAACGAAAUGUGAAA